UACUGAAUUGUAUGCAGUCAUAUUACUCACAAAACCUCAAAAACCGAGCUUCCAGACCCCGAAAGUUGCAGUUUUUUCGACAACACAGCAGAGAUAUUGGUCUUCAUUGGAUGCAGAAAUACUACAUAAUAUCGAGAAAAGAGAAAGUGGUUUACUAUUAUGGACUACGCAAUAUGACAGUUCCAUUUUAGAAUAUUUUGUUUGUUAAAAGCAAUGUAAGUGCGCUGGCGCACUCCUAAAUUUUUCCCCGUAAAAACUUGCCACCUUUGAAAAAAAAUGAAAUUUACAAACUCAAUGAGCCCAGCAGUUUUGCUCUGGACGAUGUGCCAUGCACUCCUUCUGCGCAUCUCUGUUGGACAGAUCGCCACCCAGCAAGAAUGUGAGACGACAAACAGUACCGGUUUUACGGAGUACCGGGCAUGUCUGGCCAAUACUGAAUCGUUAAACAAUCUCAUGAUUUCCGCAAGGGUUGAACCGGAAGACUACACUUGUGGCUACGGUCAAACACAAGAAGAAAAUUUUUACUGCACUCUGGAUGUGUCAUUUCAGUGUAACUUAUGUAACGCCACCGACCCCAGCCUAGCCCACCCACCGAGUUACAUCUACGACCAGCAAGAUCCAACUCAACCAACAUGGUGGCAGUCAAUAACCUGGUACAUGUACAGUGUUCCACUGGAGGUGGAUGUAACACUGUCUCUCAACCACUCCUACACCAUCAACAGCAAAAUCGAAAUCAUCUUCCAGUCCAGCCUCCCGCAACGCAUGAUCCUGGAGAAGUCCUCAGAUUACGGGUCGACAUGGCAACCGUAUCAAUACUACGCGUACGAUUGCGGAUAUUUUCAGAUGGCCGCGACGGAUGAGCUGAGCCUCACAAGUCCAACGCAGGUCAUCUGCUCAGAGGACUACUCCAGUGGGGUGCGGACAGUGUUUUACCCAGGCGGCUCAGUCAUCUUCAACGUUGAGAACCGCCUGGCGCUGUUGACUAACUCCACCCUACCUGAAGAAUUCCAGAAGGCUUAUGAGAGCAACUUGGAACUGCAAGCGUUUCUUGAGAUCACAAACCUGAGACUGAAGCUCUUGUACCCGGCGACUGACGGACUUGAGUGGACAGGGCAAUAUUACUCACUGAUCCGAUAUUACUACGCUAUAUCCAACAUUGAUACGUUCCUCAUAUGCAACUGCAAUUUGCAUGGCAAGUUCUGUUACCAAGACAGCAACUCCCUGGAGACAAUCUGUCAGUGUUUCCAUAACACAAUGGGUAAGAGCUGCGAGCAAUGCCUCCCUCUGUAUAACAAUCGGCCAUGGAUGGCUGGGUCUGCUCUUCCUUUCCCAGAGGGGACUGCAAAUGAAUGCGAGAAAUGUAACUGCAACAACCAUAGUGUUAGCUGUACAUACAGCCAAGAAGUUGGGCAAGGAGUAUGCAACGAUUGUCAAGACAACACGGCUGGCAUUUCUUGUGAAAUCUGCAUCAGUGGACUCUACAGAAAUUCCUCUGUUCCAGCAAGCAGCCCCAAUUCUUGUAUCGAAUGCAACUGUGAACCUCUUGGCACAAUGGAGAAUGAAACAACCUGCUCACAGUAUGCAGCGAACAACAAGCCCAUUGGUCAGUGUAGUUGCCAAGAGAAUGUGGAAGGGCGAGCAUGUGACGUGUGUAUCGACCAAUACUAUGGCCUGCUGCUCAAUGAAACUGAGGGUACUUGUAAAGAUUGCAGUUGCAAUCGAUUUGGAACCGUCAACGCAAGUAAUAUCUGUGAGAAGGAAGCCGGGCAGUGCCCCUGCAAACCAAAUGCGGACACCCGUACAUGUGGACAGUGUAAAGAUAGUUUUUAUGGCUAUCCUAUCAGUGAAAAUGAGGACUGCUUGGCCUGUGAUUGCAACCCAGGUGGUUCGAUUUCUCCUGCAUGCAACAAAGUCUCAGGCCGGUGUACAUGCCGUAGUAACGUAACAAGCAGACAAUGCUCAAUGACAGUGCAGGGAUUCUACUUCAACUAUUUGGACAGCAAUAGUUACGACGCUUGGGGGGCGGACUCUGAUUGCAUAAGGACCUCGUCCGUGCCCUUUGACCUCUUCACUGGGCGUGGCUACCAGAAAUGUUACCAAGGCAACCAGGUGACGUUCCGGGGAGUGACGGCUGUAACCAGUCUAGCAGACAACGCCCUUUUCUACCGACCUGUCAUCCGCUAUACCUAUGUUUCUUCAUCGCCAUGGCUUCAAGCCAACUUGAACAUUGUCUCCGCCCAGAGCGACGCUGGUACCUCGCUCUGCCCGGUUGCUGUCGGCACUACUAUCUCCACCGUAGCCUUCAGCCUUCCACCAGGCGAGUCAACGGGAUGGUACGCCUCGUCCGGCCAAUCAGUGAUGCUCGACCGACGCUGCAAUUAUGACGUCACCUUGAGGUUGACCAAUGACGGGUCAGGGAGCGAGGAGAUUGAGAUCGACAGUCUGGUGCUUUUACCAACUGGAGAUUCUUUCCCGAUUUACACACAAGGAGAUGCAGCUCAAAGAUCAUUUUAUGAUGAAUGUCUGAGGAAUAUUUCUGUGAUUGGAAAGCGACAAUCGGCCAUUGAUCUUUGCCGAGAUUUUAUGUUUGUUGUUUCAACGGAGAGUAAUGACGGGGCAGUGGCGUGUGACUGUGAUCCAACAGGCAGUAUUGGGAGUUCAUGCAACUCAUAUGGUGGUGAAUGUGUAUGUCAAGUUAGGGUCGGAGGUCAACGUUGUGAUCGCUGUCUACCUGGGUUCUUCGGCUUCACAGAAAACGGCUGCACAGCCUGUGACUGUGACUCUACGGGCUCUCUCAGCCUAGCCUGUGACUUCAACACCGGCCAGUGCCCCUGCAAGGACGGUGUCGCCCUCCGAGGUCAACGCAACAGCAAUGAUGCUGUCAGUGACCGACGAUGCCAAAGCUGUCUUGCUAACUACUACGAUUUCAACAGCGGUGGCGGGUGCAUGGCGUGCCUGUGUUCCGCCGAGGGAUCCGUGAACCCACAGUGUUCAGACACCGGUGUGUGUGAAUGCAAAGAGACGAUUACUGGGAACAAGUGUAGCAUAUGCGUCCAGGGAUAUUUCUCAUUUUCAGCGGCAGGAUGCAUUGCAUGUGGGUGUAACCUCGAUGGGUCCACCGACGGCACCUGCCACCCAGAUCUAGGUACCUGCACCUGUAAGGCUAACGUUCAGGGUGACAAGUGUGACCAGUGCCUCCUUGGCCACUUCAAUCUUCAACCCAGUAACCCAAACGGGUGCCAGCCGUGUUUCUGCUUCGGCCAUGGAACCCAGUGUAAUGCAGCGCCCAGUUACAUUGCGUCAGCGAUCACCAGUGACUUUACUCAAGGAAGUGACUUUACUCCAACAAGUGUCCCACCAACUCCACAACCAGCAACCACAUCUCUUCCUCCAACCUCUUCUACCCCUAUCACCAACUCUACCCCCGUCACUAACUGUACCCCAACUCCAAACUGUGCACCCCCUCCUGUACUCCCAACAAUGCCAAGCUUUUGUGCCUCUCCACUAUCCUGCUCAACAAUCACCCAAUCAUCUACCCUUUCUUCAUUUCCCAUCGGAAGCACAACAGGUUGGACGGCAACGGACCCGAGUUCUCUGAUGGCCAACCCAACCAGCGUCCGCGUCCUCCAUCCAGCCUCUCUGCCAUUAGGGUCGUAUGUCUACCUUCGGGCUCCAAGGAAAUUCCUUGGCGAGCACCUGGAUUUAUACGGCCAGCAAUUGAGCUACACUAUGAAGCUGGAUACUGGAGGGGCUAACACAACAUCAGCUAGGUACCUGACUAUUACUGGUGGUCGGAGUGAUAUGGGUGUUUAUUACAACCAAGAAGCCUUCACUCCAGAGCUGACAAGGAGGACAUUUGUGGCAACGUUUUAUGAGACGUACUGGAGAGUUGUUGGUGAGGAGAGAGCACCAAAUGUGGCAGAGUUUCAAGAAAUCUUGAGUGAUAUCAAGGCCUUGGUGAUUCAGGCUUCCUUUGGUCCCGGUACAGCGAGUACCUUCUACAAUGUCCGCAUGGACUCAGCCCAGUCUGUCUCUAAUCCAGCGGAUUACUCCAGCUUUGUUACGGUGGUGGAGCAAUGUACAUGCGACUCGUCAUCGAACACAAUGGGACUCUCUUGUGAGCAAUGCCAAGCAAGUACCUACAGACAGAACAACGUUGACGAACCCUUUGACACCUGUCGCCCGUGUGACUGUAACGGGCGUAGCACGACAUGUGACUCAGUGACAGGGGUGUGUCAGGACUGCCAGCUGGGUACCAUCGGGGACCAGUGUGCGAGCUGUGCCGACAACGUGCAGGAACCAUUGUGUGAUAGAUGCAUGCCGAAUCACUAUGGAUUCGGAACAGACUUGUUUGAUGGAGCGUGCGCUGCUUGUAACUGUAACAUAACUGGUACCGGUGGAGCAACGCAGUGUGAUAUUUCGACUGGUCAAUGCCCAUGCACUGGGAACUACGGUGGCAUGUUUUGUGACUCCUGCCAGUUCAACUACUUUGAUUAUGCCAACGGAUGCUCACGCUGUGACGUCUGUUAUGACAGUAUCUCUACUGAGCAUACAGACCUCCUACUCCAAGCAGCUAAUCUGACGAGCUUUGUUGAGACGUUGUGGGCAGCAGACACAUCUGCGACAUUGGGUCCAUUCAUUGAACGACUGAUGGCAACCUACAAUCAGAUGUUAUAUCUUGUUCUGAGGACCGAUGAAGUGAUACGAGAAGGUAACAACCUGACCAUGACCGUGGCGACCCUGAACACCACAAUGAUGCAGCUAUUAGCAAGCUUGGACGGAACCAUCAAGACAAGCAUCCAGACAUCCCAAGAGAACCAAGCGUCAAUAGAGGGCCUCCUUGAUCAGGCCAGAGUGGCCAUGGUCAGCAUAGAACUGGCACUUAUCAACUCGUACAAUGGACUGUCAAGUGGUGACAUCCAGUCGUAUCAGCUGACCCUUGGGCAGCUCGUUACUGAACUAGCUGGGAUCCAGACUCAACUCACCACUUUAUCUUCCUCGGUGACUAUUCGUGAGUUACUUCUCACUCAGCAGGUCACUGACCUCUCACUUGCUGCUGGCACAGCGGUACAGACUGCAGAGGAGGCUCUGAUGACGGUCCAACAAGCUCAAUCAGUUCAUGACAAUACAACCAGCCACACUGCAGCCCUGGUCACCAAAGCCAACGAGGUCACGACCUUAGGUCAACAGACCCAGCAAGCUGUGUCAGAGGUCAUGGAGAGGGCACAGAUGGCCCAGAGUGCAGGGGAGGGCGGGGCUGAAGGUACGAUGUCAGCAAGCAUUGAGGAGCUCCGACAGGAGUCCGAUGAUGUCAUACAAGAAGCAAUGUCAAAGAUCUUGCAGGCGGCUGGCAUCGAAGCUCAGGUUACAGCCAAACAGGAAGCAGCAGCCAGUGUAAUCAGUGAUGUUGAAGCCACUGGAACACUAACAGAGAGUCUAGUCAUCACCGCCAAUUCGACACUCGAAGAAGUCAACGCGCGUUACAAUCGUGCGUUGGCAGCCAACCAAUCAGCUACUGAGGCUGUCGCGUCCUCAACUGCGACAUUCACCGCCGCCGAGGAAAUGCUGGCGAUCGUUACAAACUUCGAAAGCCAGUCUUCAGCGGCCCAAACUGCUGCUGAUGAAGCUCUCUUGAAGCAGACGUCAAUCCAGACUCUAAGUAGUGAGACUACUACAAUAGCAACAGAUCUAAAGGCUCAGUUGACUCCAAUCAAUAUCACGGCUCAGGAGGGACUCACUAAGGCUAACCAAGCACUCCAGAGUGUGGAAGUUGAGGCACAGAACAUCCGACCAGUGAGCCAGAAGGCUCAGCAACUAGCAACUGAAUCCGCAACUAAACUUCAGGACACCAGUGAAAUAACAAACUCCAUUCGCACAAUCAACGCCACGCAGUACCAGCCGGCUAAAGCGCAGUGCGAUCUUUACACACCAGACCUGGUAACCUUAGAGGGAUUAGUUCUCCAAGCAAACACAGAAGCGCAGACGGCAACGGACGAGGCCCUUGCGACCGAAGCAGCGACCAGUAAACUCUUAGUUGAUGUCCGGAAUAUCCAGCAGGUGGACCUGGCAGAGUUGCCCGCAUUGAUGGUUAGAAUUGAGCAAGCGAGGGCGACGUUCACACAAGGGGACUUUGCGCAGUUGGUGACAUUGUUGAGUCAGGCUGUCGCAGAGCAGCAAGUGUGGUUGGACAAUACACAGAUACAGGUGACUGAGAUGCAGGAACAGAUUGAUGCUUUAGAGAGCUUCAAAGUUUCACAGUAAUGAAUAUUCAUACCGUUUGAACAUUUGAAUAUUCAUCACUAUGAUGAAGAGCGCUUCAAAGUUUCACAGAAAUGAUUAUUCACAACAUAACAUAAUUUGAAUAUUCAAUUUUUAGCUUUAGAGAGCUUCAAAGUUUCACAGUAAUAAAUAUUAUACAUUUGAGUAUUCAUCACUAUGCUUUAGAGGGCUUCAAAGUUGCAAAGUAAUGAAUAUUCAUACCAUUUACCGAUUUGAAUAUUCAUCUUUAUGCUUUAGAGAGCUUCAAAGUUUCACAGUAAUAAAUAUUAUACAUUUGAGUAUUCAUCUCUAUGCUUUAGAGGGCUUCAAAGUUGCAUAGUAAUGAAUAUUCAUACCAUUUACCGAUUUGAAUAUUCAUCUUUAUGCUUUAGAGAGCUUCAAAGUUUCACAGUAAUAAAUAUUAUACAUUUGAGUAUUCAUCUCUAUGCUUUAGAGGGCUUCAAAGUUGCAUAGUAAUGAAUAUUCAUACCAUUUACCGAUUUGAAUAUUCAUCUUUAUGCUUGAGAGAGCUUCAAAGUUUCACAGUAAUAAAUAUUAUACAUUUGAGUAUUCAUCUCUAUGCUUUAGAGGGCUUCAAAGUUGCAUAGUAAUGAAUAUUCAUACCAUUUACUGAUUUGAAUACUCAUCUUUAUGCUUUAGAGAGCUUCAAAGUUUCACAUUAAUAAACUUUUUUGUAAAUAUUGCUCAAUAAAUUUCCUUUAAAGCACGAUUUAGCAGGAAAUCAGUCACAAGUUUUACUUGUGAAAUUGUGUAUUUACAGGAAAUCUAUUUCUGCUAAUCAAACAUUGAUUUAUGCCUAGGCAGCUCUCUGGUCAUUGUGCAAAUCUGUCAAUUACAACUUUAAACAAAAAUGAAGUGGAAGAAAGCAACACCAUCUAAAUGCAUGUUAUUAUAUUACUGGUGCUGAAUUUUGUUUUUGAGUAGAAAGUGAAUUUAGAAAUUUCAAAUUUCUUGCCAUGCUCAUUUUCAGUACAUUUUUGGCAUUUUAAAUAAACGUUUGGAAUUUAGUGGUGCCCUUUUUAUAUAAUGUUACCACUGAGCAGCUUUUUGUAAUUCUUUUCCAAUGUGAAAUAAUCAUGCUUGUGAAAUCUCCACUCUAAAAGCGGAUAUUCUCUUUUUUAUUGAUUAGACUAAUUCUUCUUUUUGUUUGGCCCGUUUUUGAGAUAUUUAAAAAAAUCUUGAGCAUAAUAGAUGUUAAAUUUGCA